CUGUAUAUUAUUAUGUUAUUCAUCAAUUGACUACUCCAUUAAAAUCCAUUAUGUUUGUUGGAUUUUUGUGGGGUAGUUAAUUUGUUAUAGUUAAGUAAUAAGAUGAAUCUUCAGAUCUAAUGCAAUUAUUUUUCUAAAAGGUUUGAUGCCCAAUAUACCCAAAAAAAAUAAUUGUUGAAUGUGGGUUCUAUAAUUGAUUGUCACAGAUGACUAUGAAUGAAGGGAAUUAGCUUCUCUAAUAUUUGUUAUUAAGAAACCCAAAAAAAAUUCAAGAAGGGGGAAGGGUUGUGCUUGAGAGAAAAUGGAUGUGGUUCCAAAACCGGAAGCGAGGCUCCUUGUACAUCAAGAUGAAAGCAAAGUUGAGGAAUUUAAGGAAAGAGUUUGGGAAGAAUCAAAAAGGGUAUGGGCAAUUGCAUUUCCUGCAAUGGUCUGUCGUGUGACGACCUAUGGAGCUUAUGUGGUUUCACAAGCUUCAUUUGGUCAUAUUAGGGAAGUGGAUCUUGCUGCCUAUGCUCUUGUGCAAACUAUACUUGUACGGUUCGCCAAUGGUAUCUUGCUAGGCAUGGCAAGUGUAACGGAGACUCUUUGUGGGGAAGCUUAUGGGGCCAAACAAUAUGAGAUGAUGGGAGUGCACUUACAAAAAUCAUGGAUUGUAAAUACUGGUGUAGCAACUGCCAUGGUGCCGUUUUACGUUUUCGCUACACCUUUACUCCGACUUCUUGGACAAGAAGAGGAAAUUGCUGUAGCUGCUGGAAAAAUCUCUCUGUGGUUCAUUCCCAUAAUGUAUCUCAAUGUUUAUGGCAUGACAAUGCAGAUGUAUUUGCAAGCACAACAUAAGAAUAUGGUGGUUACAUGGCUGUUUGCCAUACUGUUUUUUGUCCAUGCCUUGCUGUCAUGGAUUUUUGUGUACAUAAUGAAUUGGGGGCUUCCAGGGGUAAUGACUGCACUCAUCAUUGCAUUUGGGGUGAAGGUGCUUGGUGAGGCUGUUUACAUAUUUGGAGGUUGGUGCCCACUUACAUGGAAUGGUUUUCAUAGAGAUGCAUUGACUGAUUUAAUUCCAGUCCUGAAAUCAUCAAUAUCUUCAGGCAUAAUGCUCUGCAUCCAGGUGUGGUACAAUGCUAUUCUAGUUCUAUUAGCAGGAUACAUGAAGUAUGCAACUGUUGCUAUCUCUGCCUUUUCCAUUUGCCUCAACGUGAGUACAUGGGAACUCAUGAUAAGCCUUGGCUUCCUAGGUGCAGUUUGUGUCCGGGUUUCAAAUGAACUUGGAAGAGGAAAUGGCAAAGCGGCAAAAUUUUCAGUUGACGUGAUUUUAUACACGUCACUUAUAAUUGGCAUAUUCUUUUCGAUUUUGUGUUUGGCAUUUGGCCAUCAAAUUUCCUAUUUGUUUACAAGUAGUGAGGAAGUAGCAAAAGCUGUGUCUGAACUUUCUAUCCCACUUGCCUUUUCGAUCCUUCUUAAUAAUGUUGGACCGGUACUAUCGGGGGUGGCAAUUGGGUGUGGAUCACAAGGGCUGGUUGCAAUUGUGAAUGUGUGUUCAUAUUAUGUUAUCGGGAUCCCGAUUGGAGCUCUACUGGCAUAUGCUGGAAACAUGGAGGUUAAAGGGAUAUGGAUCGGAAUGAUGUGUGGAAUGGUCACACAGACAAUAGCUCUUCUCUACCUUACAUGGAAAAUUGAUUGGAUAGAGGAGGUUAAAAAGGCAUCAAAGCGUCUCUAUCAUUUUUCCUGAAAUCAGAACAGUUUAACCCAGAACUAUGUACCAAUUUUUGAGAACAAGGACCAUCAUAUUGGUAGCAGUUCACACUGACUUCGUCGAAUCUCGAAGGGCUGCAUUGCUGAACCUGUUUGGCUGUUUCUCGUAGGUCCACAAUUCGCCCUCUUUGGGGUUCUCUUGGCUCCUUUUUUCUUGGUGUCUUCUUUGCAUGGUUGCUCACAACCAAGUGCAGCAAGCUUACUAUAGCAGUAGCUUGCACGAAAAAAAAGUUUUUCUAUCCUCGAUAUGUUUUUUUUGGAUUGUAUUCCUAGUAACAUGCUGCUUUAGCAAUCUGGUUGUAACAUAAAAAAAGCAGGGGUACAGCCUGCUCAGCUGCUCUGCAAAUUUUUUAAUGCAAAUGUACCUGCCGCUGAAUAUUUGAUGUUAGACUCUCUGUGCAGAGAAAUGCACUAAGGUAGACGUGAUCUUUUGUGUGUAGCUGCCGCUGAAUAUUUGUUGCAUGAGUUGAUUCAUUAUUCUUA